CUGAAGUUCAUCCUUUGCUCCUAUUGCCCUUCCUUUUCUCUUAGGACAUCUUGAACCGCUUUUUUCCCAGUUUUUGUCCACGUGGUUAUCCUGCCAAGAUACUUAAGUAACAGAUGCGGGUGAAAGAUCCAUCAAGAGCCAACCCCGAGAAACCAAAGAGAAGCAAAAGGCCUAACAGGCCGCAGGAUGAAGACUCUUCAGAUGAUAUUUCAGGCUUAACCUGCCAACAUGUGAGCCAAGCAGUGGAUGUGCAUCACGUGAAGAGAGCGGUAGCUCAGAGCGUUUGGUCAAUAUGUGCAGAAUGUCUGAAGGAAAGGCGGAUGAGCGAUGGUGAGCCUGUGGCACCUUCGGACAUAUGGCUGUGUCUCAAAUGUGGCUCUCAGGGAUGUAGUAAGAACUCAGAAGGCCAGCAUUCUCUGAAACACUUCCAAACAGCACGUGCAGAACCUCAUUGCAUUGUUAUCAGCCUCAGCACAUGGAUCAUAUGGUGUUAUGAAUGUGAUGAAGAGCUGUCAACACAUUGCAACAAAAAGGUUUUGGCUCAGAUAGUUGACUUUCUUCAGAAACAUGGUUCCAGGGCUGAACCAAGUUCAUCCAAAAUCAUACGACUCCGUGAAGAAAACAGUGAAACAAGUGAAAUACUGAAAGGAAAAAGUUCUGGUAAUGGCACAUCUGUUCCAGUCAAAGGAAUAAAUAAUUUAGGAAAUACAUGCUUUUUUAAUGCUGUCAUGCAGAACUUGGCACAGACUCACAUACUAAAUGAACUGAUGUAUGAGAUGAAGGAGAAAGGAACAAAGUUAAAAAUCUGUCAUACUUCAGACUCCCAAUUGGAUCCUUUAGUGGUAAACCUCUCCAGCCCAGGACCCUUGACUUCAGCGAUGUUCUUGUUCCUUCACAGCAUGAGGGAGGCUGGAAAAGGUCCUCUUUCUCCCAAAGUGCUCUUCAGCCAGCUUUGUCAAAAGGCUCCUCGAUUUAAGGGGUUCCAGCAGCAGGACAGCCAGGAGCUCCUGCACUAUCUGUUGGAUGCGAUGAGGAUUGAAGAAACAAAGCGUAUACAAACCGGUAUCUUAAAAGCAUUUAAUAAUCCAACUACUAAGACAGCAGAUGAAGAAACUAGAAGAAAAGUCAAAGCGUAUGGAAGAGAGGGUGUGAAGAUGAACUUCAUAGAUAGGAUCUUUGUUGGUGAAUUGACUAGCACUGUCAUGUGUGAGGAAUGUGAAAAUAUUUCAACAGUAAAAGAACCUUUCAUUGAUCUUUCACUUCCUAUAAUAGAGGAGAGGGUUGCAAAACCGGUGCCUUUGGGAAGAACAGGUAAAGGUAAAAGUGUACAAGAGGCAGAUCUUGGUCAGUAUAACUGUUCUUCUAUUGCUACACUGAAUAAUCAACCCAAAAUUGUCAAGAAACACGCUUUAACAAAAGAUAAGAAUCAAUUGAACCAGGAGAGACGGCUUGCCAGAAAAGCUUCCUCUAAUGAAGAAGAAAAAAGCCCUGUUAUCAUGCAGGAAAAAACCAAAAAGCCUGAGCUGGAAGGUAGCUCUGGCAUCCUGUACUCCAAAGACACAACUGCUGACUCUGCUGUAAAUGGAAGUCAGACGGAUGGCAGUGAGAAGGAAGCCAGCCGCUCUGAAAGCAGCUUUGAUGCAGACAGCGAAGCCUCAGAAAGCGAAAGUGCUUCUAAGCAAACAGCAUUCAGCCCAUCCAGCAACGUGUCUGGUUUGCACGUCAACCACAUAAAUGUUAAAAUGCCGCACAACAAACCAAAUGACAGUAAUGAUGAGAUGAUUUCCAGUGCCAUAUCCAAACUCAGCCUCUGUGGCACUAUAAAUGAAGAUAAGAGAUCGAGCCGUGGGGAUCCAGCAUUAGGUUUAUCGAAUAAUUCCAUGUUCUCCCUAGACAAAUCCCCGCUAUCCCAAAACCCUCAAAAUGCUUUCCAGACGCUUUCCCAAAGCUACAUAACUAGCUCAAAAGAAUGUUCUGUUCAGUCCUGCCUUUACCAGUUCACCUCUGUAGAGCUCCUAAUGGGGAACAACAAGCUUUUGUGUGAGAGCUGCACAGACAGGAAACAGAAAUACCAGAAGAAAACCAACUCUACAGAAAAGAAAAUGGAAGGUGUCUACACAAACGCUCGGAAACAGCUGCUGAUUUCUUCAGUUCCUGCUAUUCUUAUUCUCCACCUGAAAAGAUUCCACCAGGCUGGUUUGAGUCUACGGAAAGUCAAUAGGCAUGUGGAUUUCCCUCUGAUUUUAGACUUAGCGCCAUUUUGUUCUGCAUCUUGCAAGAACGUUAUGGAUGGUGCAAGAGUGCUAUAUAGUCUUUACGGAAUAGUGGAGCACAGUGGGUCAAUGAGAGGUGGUCAUUAUGCGGCGUAUGUGAAAGUCAGGACACCCUCCAAGAAAUUGCUAGAGCAUAUUUCUACCACUAAAAAUGUUCUGGGUUUAAAAGAAGCCAUGGGAGCAUCAGGAGGACAGUGGGUGUAUGUCAGUGAUGCCCAUGUUCAGAUGGUUCCAGAAUCAAGAGUACUGAAUGCACAAGCAUAUCUGCUUUUUUAUGAAAGAUUAUUACUGUAAUUCUCAACAGUUUAAUUUAAGAGAUGGUAGUGGUUAUUUAGUUAAUCUUAUUUAAAGCUGCAGUGGUAAAGAGUACCUGUAAAUAUUGUGCCUUUAUCUUGUAGAGAAUUUAUCAUAUGUUGACUCUGGAGUUCAGUCAAGCUAUUAUAAAUAUCUGAAUUGUUCUCUUAAAGUACGCACUUUGCCAAACAUUUAAAGUUCCUGGAUUCAUUAAAAUACAGUACCGUUGGAAUGUAAGAUGAUGUCCUAUCCUACUGAGGUCUAUGGAAAGUUUGUUCUUGAUUUUAGUAAAGAUAAGCUUUCACCUAUAGUUCUAGAACAUUUGAGAAUAAAAAUACAAUAGCAUUAAGUGCCUGGAUUUGCUGGUGUACAGUAACAACAUAAAGUAUUUCAGCUUUCUGUGACCUAGUCCAGAUCCUUCCUGUCACUGGGUUGGAUGUCAGCUGUUAAGAUUUCUGCAAACAAGAACCUGUCAAAUCCUGUCGCUUCCACAUGUAAUUGGAAAGCACAGUGCUGCCAGAAUGGGAAUAACAGCAGCUGUCUCUGAGUAACGCUGCAGUGCACUUUCCUGACCAAGCUGGGAAUAGACUGGGAAAAUAAGUCCUCUACAAAGUGACAGUGAAUCCUCAGAUACCCAGUACCCUUUCAGCUGUCUCCAGCUGGCACUGGUAUAGCAAUGUACUCCUGUUUUAAUAUAAAUAUGUACUUGGUGUGCAUAUGUAUAUCCUCUGAUACAUAUAUAUGCGUAUAUAUGUAUGCACACCACAAAUCCAUCAAUAUAUAUUGUCAUUUUGCCUACUAGGAAAGAGAAUUGCAAAUACUUCUAUAUUUAGUAAAUUUUCAACUUCAUUAUUAUGACAAUGUACAGCAUAUAAACUAGUGUAUGAAUAUGUAUGGGGCAUAAGUGUAACUGGGUAAUUCUGUUACUUUUGGUUCCAAACAUGAAUUUGUUUAUCUGUUCCUGAAUACUUUUCUCAUGGGAGUAAUAAACUAUAAAUUAUUUUUGCACUGUUUGUGUGAGUUGGACAGUAAAUGAUGACUUUUGCCCUCUGAUACAUGUCUGGACUUCCCUUUUUCAUCUGUGGAGGACAUCAGGUGUCCUAGUGGCAGAACUCCUUUCUGUGUCCUGGUGGCAGAACUUGUUUCUGUAGCCUGUUGGACUGCCUGGUUUGAGUUGUUACUUCUUUUGGUAAUUUCUCAUUUCCGUCCCAGAGAGUAAUAGUAGUAGUAAUAAUUUUAAGGUCAAAAUCUGACGACUACUUUGAAGCUAUGUGGUAAUCCAUUUAUUUAAUAAGCAGUUACUUAAAUACAAAUUACUUCUGCAACAGCUCCAUCCAGUCCAACUUGCUCUUUGGUAGAGAAAAGACUAUGUUUAUUUCUGCUUACUAUUUUCAUUUGUGGAAGUGGGUCUUGGUGCAAAACCAUGCUGGCCCUAUUACUAUCUCUACCACGUGUUGUCAUACCUAACUUGCACAACUUUCCUAUUCUCUAGUUCCAUUUCAGAGCUUCAUCCCACCUGCAUUCACUCUCUUGCAUAAGUACAUAGCAAAACCUGCCCUGGUUGCAUUUGCUCAAAUGCUGAGGUAUAUUUUAUAGCCACAUCACUUGUGCAGGCACUAAGGACUAUUAGGCCGCACAACUGAUUGUCAUAACAGAGUGAGCCCCUGGGCACACAGGAUUUUAUUUUCCAAAGGAAAAUGCCUCCGUUUAGGUCAAAAUCAGGCUAUGCAUUUCCACCAACACAAUCAUUCUUUCCCCUCCGCAGAUUAAAAUUGACCCAGUCUACCCAAAAGUAGUAAAACUCAGAGAAACCAAGCAGUCAGCUUUAGCCAUGUAUUCCAACUAAACACAUCUUAACCUGAGUCUACACUGAGAAAGAAAGAAAUCAUGUUUAGACUAAAGUUGGUUAAAACGUUAAUUCUCUUUUACCUCCUUACCUUCCCAUACGCUUCAUACAUCUACACACACCUUCCCCCUCUGCAUAUAGCUGAUCAAAACUCAGUAUCAGUCACAGCAAAUACCAACUAAGUUUCACUUCUGCAGCAGUCCUGCUAGGAGACCACAGAUAAGGGUGUGUUUCAGCCACCUUAAAGCAGACAGACUGACUACAUAAGGCCUGAAGUUCCUAGUUUUGCUGACUUCUGCAAAACUACUGAACUUAAGUCCCUGUAUUCAUGUCCUACUUUUUAGCCUAGAACUAACCCCCUAGAGUACAAAACUAGGAAAGAAAUAAAACAAGGUUCUUAACCUGUUAUUUCUUAUUUUUAAUGCUGUUUUCAGGAAACUCCUGAGGUGGUCUUUGCUUCUCUUGAACUGGACUUAACACACUGUUCAGAUCGCUGAAAUCUUCCCAAGGGGACAUAGUGACUAGGAUGCCAUGAAAGAUGCUGGCAGGAUUAUUUCCUCAUUAACAGCCAGGGAACAUUAAGGUAUUUUAUAGAACAUGGAGAGAAAAUGGCAUGAAAAAAAGCCAACGCCUUUAUCCGAGAUAGCCGUCACUGUUGCUCCUGGAAGAGGCUUCCCAAGUUGAAAUAAUAAGCAGCGUGAGUAGUAGCUCCAGUAAGUUCAGUCUCAGGAACAGGUAUGAAAAUAUUAUAGAAGGAAAUGCUCUCUAAAAAUGAGGGCAACAGGUGAAGUUACGGCUUUAGAAUGAACAAAUGACGACUAGACAAGAUGUCAUACACAAUUUUAGAUACAAGUCACACUCAGUGUGUCCUUUAAGACAUAGGGGUUUGGGUUUUUGGUUUUUUUUUUUUUGGUGACAAAAUUUGGCUCCAAAGCAAGUGAUUGCACAUAAAUAUUCAUACU